CUGCUGCUGUCAGCGCGUCCUCUCGGAUCCGCCGUGAAUCUGCAGGCAGCCAGGCACCCGGAUGUGGCGAAAAUGUUUGGCGCUCCUCUCAGGGUUUGCGCUCGGAAAACAUUUUAUAAUUCAGGUUAAUGACUUGGCUCGGGCUCUCGCGUCGUCGACACCUUUGGAUGGUUUUUCCGACGAUGAGUUGGAUUUAAAACGGAUCUUUUCAAUGUGGAUUCGAGGAUGCAAGAAGCAGAUGAACAGUCUGAAGGGGCACAGUAUGCCAGCAACAGAAGAACCACAUCCCCUGCUGACACCUCAACGCUCUGGUCAGAAAGGAACACCCGUCUGCACCAGCUCCACUCCCCACCAGACCCCCUGCAGGCCCCGGCCAGCACCGGCAAACCCGUGGGCUCCUCUUAUGGCCUCCUCGGGGCCAACAGCGGCAUUCAGGGUCCCGGUGGCUCCGGCACCAACCCGGUCCUCGCUUGGCAUGCUGCUAUUAGCGCCGCUCGUCAAGCGCAGGGCGACACAGCAAAACCCAACACGGGCUCCCGGCCGUCGGUUUGCACCAGCGGACCGGCGCCCGUGGGCUCACUGGCACAGAGGAAGAGACAGCAAUAUGCCAAAAGCAAAAAGCAAGGAGGAUCCACAAACAGUAGGCCGCCCAGGGCUCUGUUCUGCCUCACCCUCAACAACCCCAUCCGCAGAGCCUGCAUCAGUCUGGUGGAGUGGAAACCAUUUGAUAUCUUUAUACUGCUGUCUAUUUUUGCCAACUGUGUGGCCUUAGCCAUCUACAUCCCCUUCCCUGGAGACGACUCCAAUUCUACCAACCAAGAGCUGGAAACAGUAGAAUAUGCCUUCCUGAUCAUUUUCACUAUUGAGACAUUUCUGAAGAUUAUUGCCUACGGUCUGGUCAUGCACCAAAACUCCUACGUCAGAAACGGCUGGAACAUGCUGGAUUUUGUCAUCGUCAUAGUGGGGUUGUUCAGUGUUGUUCUGGAGAUGAUAACCAAAGAUGCUGACUCUGGUGGCCAGUCUGGAGGCAAGCCAGGGGGGUUUGAUGUCAAGGCUCUUCGAGCUUUCCGUGUGCUACGACCCCUUCGCCUUGUCUCUGGAGUUCCCAGUUUACAGGUGGUUUUAAACUCCAUUAUUAAAGCCAUGGUUCCUUUGCUCCACAUCGCCCUGCUAGUCCUCUUUGUCAUCAUCAUCUAUGCUAUCAUCGGCCUGGAGCUCUUCAUAGGCAAAAUGCACGCCACAUGCUACGUGAUACAAACAGGUACUAUUGCAGAGGAAGAGCCCCGGCCGUGUGCUGUAUCAGGGCACGGCCGUCACUGCCUCCUGAACGGUACAGUCUGCAGGGAGGGCUGGCAAGGCCCCAACAAUGGCAUCACCAACUUCGACAAUUUUUUGUUUGCCAUGCUCACUGUGUUCCAGUGCAUCACCAUGGAGGGCUGGACUGAUGUUCUGUACUGGAUGAACGACGCCAUGGGCUUCGAGCUGCCAUGGGUUUACUUCGUCAGCCUCGUCAUCUUCGGUUCCUUCUUUGUUCUCAACUUGGUUCUGGGUGUGUUGAGUGGAGAGUUUUCUAAAGAAAGAGAGAAGGCCAAAGCUCGAGGAGACUUCCAAAAGCUACGUGAGAAGCAGCAGUUGGAGGAGGACCUGAAAGGCUACCUGGACUGGAUAACGCAAGCGGAAGACAUCGACCCUGAGAAUGAGGAGGAGGGAGAUGAGGAGGGAAAACGCAACCGGGUCACGCUGGCUGACCUCACUGAGAAGAAGAAGGGAAAGUUUGGCUGGUUCACUCAGUCCACAGAGACACAGGCCAGCAUGCCGACCAGUGAAACAGAGUCAGUAAACACAGACAAUCACAAUGCAGAGGAGGAUAAAUCCCCAUGUUGUGUACCAUUGUGUCAAAAAAUUACUAAGUCAAAGUGCAGUCGUCAGUGGCGACGGUGGAACCGUUUCUGCCGCAGGAAGUGCCGUGCCGCGGUGAAAUCUGUGACAUUUUAUUGGCUGGUCAUCAUCUUGGUGUUCCUCAACACUCUAACCAUUGCCUCAGAGCACUACGACCAGCCAGACUGGCUCACUGAAGUUCAGGACGUAGCCAACAAAGUUCUUCUGGCGAUGUUCACAUUAGAAAUGCUAGUGAAGAUGUACAGCUUGGGACUGCAGGCCUACUUUGUGUCCCUGUUUAAUCGCUUUGACUGUUUCGUGGUUUGUGGAGGAAUCAUAGAGACCAUCCUGGUGGAGCUGGCCAUCAUGUCUCCUCUGGGCAUCUCUGUUUUCCGCUGUGUUCGCCUCCUCAGGAUCUUUAAAGUUACACGUCACUGGGCGUCUCUCAGUAACCUGGUGGCCUCUCUGCUCAACUCUAUGAAGUCCAUUGCUUCCCUUUUGCUGCUGCUCUUCCUCUUCAUCAUCAUCUUCUCCCUGCUUGGCAUGCAGCUCUUUGGUGGCAAGUUCAACUUUGAUGAAACUGUGACCAAAAGGAGCACAUUUGAUAACUUUCCACAGGCCCUGCUCACUGUGUUCCAGAUUUUGACAGGAGAAGACUGGAAUACAGUGAUGUAUGACGGUAUCAUGGCGUACGGUGGUCCGGCGUCCUCUGGAAUGGUGGUGUGCAUUUACUUCAUCAUCCUCUUCAUAUGUGGAAACUAUAUCCUUCUAAAUGUCUUUUUGGCCAUCGCUGUUGACAACCUAGCAGACGCAGAGAGCCUCAACACUGCGCAGAAGGAGGAAGAAGAGGCCAAGAAGAGGAAAAACAGUGCCAAGGAUAUAAACAUAGAUAAGAAAAGAGUGGAAAAUACAGAAGGCAAGGAUGGAGAGAAGUUGCCAGAAGAUCACCUGUUGGAAGAAGACAAAGGGACGUAUCCUGCACUCAACUCUCCAGUGUGUGACGAUGAAGAUGAUAACGAAGGCCUCCCAGAAGUCCCGGCUGGUCCACGUCCACAGAGGCUUUCAGAGCUCAACAUCAAGGAAAAAACUCCACCCAUCCCGGAGGGCAGCGCCUUCUUCAUCUUCAGCAGCACUAACCCAUUUCGUGUUUUCUGCCACAAGCUGAUCAACCAUCAAAUCUUCACAAACCUCAUCCUGGUCUUCAUCAUGCUCAGCUCCGUCUCUCUUGCUGCUGAGGACCCGAUACGCAAUUUCUCUGCUCGCAAUAUCAUACUUGGUUAUUUUGACUAUGCUUUCACCGCAAUCUUUACUGUUGAGAUCCUGUUGAAGAUGACAGCGUUUGGAGCGUUCCUUCAUAAAGGAGCUUUCUGUAGAAACUACUUCAACCUGUUGGACCUCCUGGUUGUUGGUGUGUCUCUAGUGUCCUUUGGCAUUCAAUCUUCUGCUAUCUCUGUGGUGAAGAUUCUCCGUGUUUUAAGGGUUCUCCGUCCGCUUAGAGCCAUCAACAGAGCUAAAGGACUCAAGCAUGUGGUCCAGUGUGUGUUUGUGGCCAUCCGAACCAUUGGCAACAUCAUGAUCGUCACAACGCUGCUGCAGUUUAUGUUCGCUUGUAUCGGAGUACAGCUCUUCAAGGGUAAAUUUUAUCGAUGCACAGAUGAGGCGAAGUCCAGCCCAGAGGAAUGCAAAGGCACCUACAUUCUGUACAACAACGGUGACACAGCACUGCCCAUGGUGAGGGAAAGGAUCUGGUACAACAGUGACUUCAACUUCGACAAUGUCCUCAUGGCCAUGAUGGCUCUCUUCACGGUCUCCACCUUCGAAGGAUGGCCCACUCUGCUUUAUAAGGCCAUCGACUCGAACAGAGAAAACUUGGGUCCCAUCUAUAACUACCGCAUUGAGAUCUCUAUCUUCUUCAUCAUCUACAUCAUCAUCAUCGCCUUCUUUAUGAUGAACAUCUUUGUUGGUUUCGUUAUCGUCACCUUCCAGGAACAAGGAGAGAAAGAGUAUAAGAACUGUGAGCUGGACAAAAACCAGCGCCAGUGUGUAGAGUACGCUCUCAAAGCUCGCCCUCUGCGUCGCUACAUUCCCAAAAACCCGUAUCAGUACAAGUUCUGGUAUGUGGUCAACUCCACAGGCUUUGAGUACGUCAUGUUUGUUCUGAUCAUCCUCAACACACUGUGUUUGGCCAUACAACACCACGGUCAGUCUCAUCUGUUUAACUACGCUAUGGACAUCCUCAACAUGGUCUUCACUGGGGUUUUCACCGUGGAGAUGAUCCUCAAGCUCGUCGCAUUCAAACCCAGAAACUAUUUUGCUGAUGCAUGGAACACAUUUGAUGCCUUAAUUGUUGUGGGUAGCGUGGUUGACAUUGCCAUCACUGAGAUCAAUUCGACAGCCAUUCCUGUCGUCAAGGUGAUAGUGGAACCAGGGAACACAGAGGACAGCGCUCGAAUCUCCAUCACCUUCUUCCGCUUGUUCAGAGUGAUGCGAUUGGUCAAACUGCUGAGCAGAGGGGAGGGCAUAAGAACUCUGCUGUGGACCUUCAUCAAGUCCUUCCAGGCUCUUCCAUAUGUUGCACUUCUGAUAGCGAUGCUGUUCUUCAUCUACGCUGUAAUUGGGAUGCAGGUGUUUGGAAAAAUAGCCAUGGUUGAUGGAACUCAAAUCAACCGCAACAACAACUUUCAGACCUUUCCUCAAGCUGUCCUGAUGCUGUUCAGGUGUGCCACAGGUGAGGCCUGGCAGGAAAUCAUGCUGGCCUGUCUGCCAGGGAAGCUGUGUGAUUUGGAGUCAGACUAUAACCCUGGAGAGGAGAGGACCUGUGGUAGUGGAUUCGCCAUCAUCUACUUCAUUAGCUUCUACAUGCUUUGUGCUUUCCUGAUUAUCAACCUGUUUGUCGCUGUCAUCAUGGACAACUUUGAUUAUCUGACACGUGAUUGGUCCAUUCUUGGUCCUCAUCACUUGGAUGAGUUUAAACGGAUCUGGUCUGAAUAUGACCCUGAAGCCAAGGGCCGGAUAAAACACCUUGAUGUGGUGACUUUGCUGAGGAGGAUUCAGCCUCCGCUUGGAUUUGGUAAACUCUGUCCUCACAGAGUGGCCUGCAAGCGUCUUGUGGCGAUGAACAUGCCUCUGAACAGCGAUGGCACAGUCAUGUUUAAUGCCACGCUAUUUGCUUUGGUCCGCACGGCGCUCAAGAUUAAGACUGAGGGCAACCUGGAACAAGCCAAUGAAGAGCUGAGAGCUGUGAUCAAGAAGAUCUGGAAAAGAACCAGCAUGAAGCUACUGGAUCAAGUAGUGCCUCCAGCUGGUGAUGACGAGGUAACAGUGGGGAAGUUCUAUGCCACCUUCCUGAUACAGGACUACUUCAGGAAGUUCAAGAGGCGCAAAGAGCAAGGUCUUGUGGGAAGGCGCUCAUGGGAGAGGCUGAACACAACCAUGGUUCUACAGGCCGGUCUGCGCACGCUUCAUGACAUUGGACCAGAGAUCCGUCGAGCCAUAUCAUGUGACCUGCAGGAGGACGGGCUGGUAGAUGGUAACGGCGAGGAAGACGAAGAAAUAUACAGGCGUAACGGUGGCCUCUUUGGAAACCAUGUCAACCAUGUGACCGGUGAUCAGCAAGGCUCAUCUCAACCGACCACUGUCACCCAACGGCCCCUUCAGAUCCUGCCCUUUUCCUGCAGUGCCUCCAUCGAAUCCACCCAAAACACCAGGAAACUCAGCCAUGACAGAGAGGAGACAGACAUGAACUCCUCACCCAUUCAGUACAAUCAUCAUUAUUAUAAUUACCCUCACUGUAACUCCACCUGCCACCCAUCGCCAAUUCCCUCCAAUGCCAACCUCAACAACGCCAAUGUGCCCUCAAUUCUCUCCAUGACCAAUGGGAGGCAGCAGAAGUUUUUGUUGCGGCGAGACCGACCAUCCUCUACUAAGAAUGCCUCACCUUCAUGCACCUACAAAAAAAUGGUUGAGAAGCCUUGGAAAUCACACUCUACAAGGACACGCUACUAUGAGGCCUACAUUAGGUCAGAAAACAGCGGUGGACUCUAUCCUACGAUCCGACGAGAGGAUCCAGGAGACAGGGACAGCGACGAGGAUCGGGGUUCAGGAGAAUACUUCAGUGGGGAGGAGUUUCACGAGGAUGACAUCAUGCUCACAAGAGACAGGUUGUCCAGCAAAGAACGUCUCCAUUCAGAAGGAGAUGCUGAGGUUUCCAGGGGCGAUCAACAGUCUGAUGGUUACUAUGACGACGAUCAACAGCCCAUCUACCAGGACGGCAGGCAUUCACCCAGGAGAUGGUUUUUACCAUCACCUCAAGCCUCCAACAGACCGACAUUCAGCUUCGAGUGUCUUCGUAGAAGAAGCAGUCAGGAUGAUGCGCCUCCGUCUCCGUCCUGCACAGCUCUUCCACUUCACCUGGUGCAGCAGCAGGUGAUGGCGGUAGCUGGUCUUGAUGCUACCAGAAUUCGCCGCCUGUCUCCGACGAGGUCGCUGCGCUCGUGGGCCACGCCCCCUGCUUCCCCCAUCAAUCGUGACUUCUCGCCCAGCUACACACCACUCAUACAGGUGGACUGGCGCAGUCCGGGCAGCGUCGGCAGUCUUCCUGGAGCCGUGAAGAGGAGUUCAUGGUACACAGAGAGACGAGACGGCCCUCCGAGUCGCAGCCAUUCACCAUCACGCCUGCAACUUCCUGCAGAGAGCUGCUCGCACUGCCUGCAGAAGAGAGGCAGCGCCAACAGUCUGGUGGAGGCUGUGUUAAUCUCUGAGGGUCUGGGGAAAUACGCCAGGGACCCAAACUUUGUGUCAGCGACCAAACAUGAAAUCGCAGAUGUCUGUGAGAUGACUAUUGACGAGAUGGAAAGCGCUGCUAGUAAUCUGUUGAAUGGGAGUAUGGGUAAUGGCAACAGUGGGGAAACUGGGAACGUCUGCUCGGACGCCACUGCGCUCCUUCGAGACUGCAGUAUCCGCGACUACAGCGACGAGGAGUCGUACGUCGCUGUGAAAUGUGAAGAGGACCUAACAGACGAGAUGAUAUGCAUUACAUCACUAUAGCAGCGGCUCACAUGGGAUUAUUUAGGUUUUUUCAAUUUAAUUUAUUCUACUAUUUUACACUGGGGGAUGGUUCUGCAUCCUGCAAUAGACACAACAUGUAAACCGCAGAUGGAAAAGAGACAAAGUGCCUUGUUUUCUCUUUUUUGUGGAGUGACGUGAAGAAAAAACAGAAGAAAUCAGAGAAGCAAUGGAUUGAAGGAUCAUAUACUGAAACCUGAGUCGACCUGCCAGCCCACAUGUCAUUAAUUAUGCUCUUUAGAGUUGUUUAUUUUAUUUUGUCAGUCAGUUACACUCCGUUGAACAGUAGCCUCACAAAGCCGGUCUGAAGGUCAUUCUUCCAGUUUUGCUCUGACGCCAUCCAAACCAAAUCAGUGAAUCUAAUCUCACCACAUCAGUUGAGUCAAGUGUUUGUUUGGAAAAGGAGCUUACUAUGGUAUCAGUCCUGAGAACAAAAGAGAUCCUUUAAAACUGCUGUUUGCAUUUAUACGUGGUCCGAAUAUGUGUGAAGAUCAGGAGAAUUAGUUCAGUGA